AUUCAGUAAUUAUUUCGAUGUUUUUUUUAUUAAUUGUUACCUUUUGAACAUACAUAACCUUUUUAAAAUAUCUACUUAAUUUUACUGCUAAUACUAUUUUUACAUUUAUUGCUCUUAAAGUUUUCACGAUAUACGCAACAUUUUUUUUAUUUUUAGACUGCACUUUGCCUAUUUGUAAUUAACACUUCAACUGCAUUAAGUGUACAUCCAUUUUAAGAAUUGGAAAAUGGAAGACCGGAAACUAUUGGACUUAAACGAUGACCUAUCAGAAUUGUCACCAAAACCGAUUUCUUCUGAAUUCCCAAAUGAUAUUAUGUCUGAAGAAAUAAAAUCUAAUUAUCAAGAAGACAAUGAAGACCUCAUAUUAGUUCCAGAAAAGUCUAGCUCUGUUGAAAAUAUUCAACCUCUUGAAAAUACUUUUGAAGUAAUAGAACAAGAACCUAAAUCUCUUAUUUAUAUUGUGGAAGAUGAAAAAACUGAGCAUGUGACCAAAAGUGAUGAAAAUUUAUUUAAUACUGAAACAGCUUCUAGUCUACUCUGCGAUACUAAUGUAUCUAAAAGUGUUCCUUAUGUAGAGAUUCCUGAUAAAGCUGACUUAAUUUUUGAUAUUGAGUCUAAAAAUAAUGAUGUUCCUACCUAUAAAAACAUUUCUAAAACAAAAACAGAAAAUGUUCAACAACCUGAGUCUUUUGACUCUGAUAGUAUUAUAACUAAUAUAUCUCCUAAGGAAACUAAUGUUAAGAAUGAUAUUUGUGACAUAAAAAUUGGACCCGAAGAAUUAUUUUCAAGAAUUGGUCUAGAUAAAUGGUUCAAUCCUGAGAAACUGCCACCUAAAGUUGAAGCCUUAGUGUAUUGGAGAGAUCCUGUAUUGUCAGGUAUUGUCUUUGGUGGCUCACUAGUCAUUUUAUUAUCCUUUGCAUAUAUGUCAUUGAUCAGUGUUAUUGCAUAUCUUGCCAUCGCUGUACAGUCUGGAUGUAUUUUAUUACGCCUUUAUAAAGUAGCUUUACAAACAGUUCAAAAAACAUCUGAAAGUCAUCCAUUCCAAGAAUAUUUGGACUUAGACAUUAGGCUUCCAGAAGAAAAAGCUGAAGAAUGGGGUAAAUUAGCUGUUGUGCAUGUCAAUGCUAUUCUAGUUGAACUCCGUCGUUUAUUACUCGCUGAAGAUUUAGUGGACUCGGUCAAAUUUUUUGGUAUUUUAUGGGUGUUAACUUAUAUUGGUGCGUGGUUCAAUGGCCUCACUUUAAUAAUUUUAGGUUUAAUUGCACUGUUUACAUUACCAAAAGUGUAUGAAAACAACAAAACUCAAAUUGAUCAAAAUAUUGAAUUGGUCAGGGGUAAAAUUGCAGAAUUAACCAACAAAGUUAGAGCAGCUAUUCCUAUUGGAAAAAAAUCUACUGAAGAAAAGAAGAAAGAAUAGACUCCUGUAUUUAUCUAUGGGAAACAUCUUAUUGUUGUGGUCAUAUUUAGGCUAACAUCAAAUUUUUUUUUUUUUUUAUGAAAUUAGACCAUGUCAUCCCUAUAAAAUUAAUAUAAAUUUUUAUUACUAUUAAAAUUAUAUGCAAUUCUCCAUUUUUAAUUUAUUUAUUUCAUCAUAAGGAGAAAUAUGCGUAAAUAGUCUUUCUCAAUAUUAUAUUAAUUUCACUAUAUUAUCAUGUAAAGGUUUGUGAGUUAUUAAAUAUGGUCUGGUUAAGCUUAUGCUCAUAUAUUGUGUGUCCUAUCUAUUUUUACACGUUUUUAUUUCCAUCAGCGAAUCGCGAAGCAAGUUAGCAUAAAAUUAUACAACGCUAUUGUUUGUGUAUGCAUAUUACAUAUAAUAUUUUACUCUGUUGUAGGCGUUUAAGUUUUUUCUUUUAUAUAGAUUAUGUUCUAGUUUUCCUAAUUCUAUAAAUAUAUUAUUAGGUUAAUCAUUUUAUAAUUAAAAACGUUA